AUGGAUCUGGAGGCAGCCGCGCAGCGCAUGACCGGGCGGCCCGACAUGCAGUUCCGGGGGGUCCAGGACCCGGCCAUGCAGGCCAUCCAGCGGGGAGAGAGCCCCGUGGUCGCAGUGAUGCCCACCGGCGGGGGGAAGAGCAUGCUGUUCAUGGUGCCCGCGUUCGCCGCCCCUGGGGGCACCACCAUUGUUGUGGUGCCGCUGGUCGCAUUACGAGCUGAUAUGACCCGGCGAUGCCAGGAGCUCGGCAUAUCAUGUGUGCCGUGGGAGAGCCGGCGGCCCCCCAAUGCCGCAUCCAUCGUGUUAGUGACGCCCGAAUCUGCGGUCAGCCCCGAUUUCCAGACGUUUUUGAACCGGCUGCGGUGGACCCGGCGGCUGGACCGGAUCGUGAUCGAUGAAUGCCAUGUGGUGUUGAAUGACCAGCGGGAUUUCCGGCCCCAGAUGGCCCAGCUGGGCCAGUUGGUCCAGGCCCGCACCCAGAUGGUGUGGUUGACCGCCACAUUGCCCCCGAGCAUGGAGGACGAAUUAUGCCGGCGGAUGAAGCAUGACCGGGCCGCCGUGACCAUAUACCGGGCCCGGACCAGCCGGCCGAACGUGGCAUACCGGGUGUGGCGGCCGGACAUGACCGGGGUGGGCCGGGGGCCGUAUCAGUGGAUCGAGAGCGAGGCCGUGGUGGCAUUCAUUCAGGACCGCAUCCGACAAGCCGCUGGGGGGAAGGUGAUCAUAUAUGCGAAUAUCAUCGGGCAGGUGACGGCCAUGGCGCAGGUGCUUAGGUGCGAGGCGUAUUACAGCGAGCAGUUGGACAAGGCCGGGGUGUUAGCGCGGUUCAUGGGGGCCAGCCCCGUGAUCACCGCCACCAGCGCGUUAGGCAUGGGGGUGGACAUCCCCAAUAUCCGCAGCAUCAUCCAUAUCGGGACCCCCCGGACGUUAUUGGAUUACGCGCAGGAGAGUGGCCGGGCUGGGCGGGACGGACAGCGCAGCGAGGCAAUCAUUAUCCAGCCCACCGGGUGGGACGCCCCGGCGCCAUGGAUGGAGGGUGUGGCCCCCGAGGACCAGGAGCAGGUGGCUGAGUAUAUGGGGGUGGUGGAAGGGGUUGGGUGCCGGCGCGUGGUGUUGGAUCAGUAUUUGGACGGAGUGGUGGACGGGUAUCAGCGGUGGUAUUGCCAGGAUGCAGAUGCCGGGGAACAGGCAUGUGAUGGGUGUGAUCCCGAUUGGGCGGGGCUGGUGGAACCAGCCGGGGUUGGUAGCAGCCCGGUGCCGGGUGAGCAAGCCCCAGAGGUUCCGUGCCAGGCAGGCAGCAUGGUAGCGAGAGAGGCCCCGUGCGAGGCAGGCCGUCAGGCAGGGAGAGAGCCAGGGAGAGAGGCCCCAUGCCAGGCAGGCCGGCAGGCAGGAAGUAUGGCAGGGAGAGAGGCAGCGCGAGAGGCCCCGUGCCAGGUAGGCCGUCAGGCAGGCCGUCAGGCAGGGAGAGAGGCAGCGCAAGAGGCCCCGUGCCAGGUAGGCCGUCAGGCAGGCCGUCAGGCAGGGAGAGAGGCAGCGAGGGAGGCCCCAUGUGAGGCAGGCCGUCAGGCAGGGAGAGAGGCAGUCAGAGAGGCCCCAUACAAGGCAGGCAGCAUAGUAGCAUGGGAGGCACCCCAGGUCAGCCGCAGCCAGGUGCCAUGCGAGCCCGCCAGGGAGGCCGCCAGUCCCACCCCAUCCAAUGAUUCAUUUUGCAGCCAGCCAUCCAUUCCCAUGGCGGUAUGGCACACCCAGCAGGUGCAGGCCCAGCAGUGGGCUGCCAUGGAUAUCCAGCAGCAGCAGCAUCAGACCCAGCAGGGUUUGGAUGAGGAGAUGGCCCAGGCUGAAUGCAUGCAGUGGCGGGAUCAAUGUUAUAUAUGCGCCAUACAGGGGGGUGAUAGUGGCCAUGAGUUAUAUGCAUGUCAUCAGCCCCACAGCCAGGCCGCACGGGCAUGGAUGAUCCGUGUGCGUCGGCAGCUCCAAUAUGCCCCAUACAGUGCAUGUUAUUCGUGCGGCAUGCCCCAAUCCAUAUGCCAUGGGUGGGAGCCGGGCCAUGCAUGUGAAUACCGUGGGUUUUUGAUCCCCAUGGUGGCCAUGAUGUUAUUCGGGCCAUGGCAGGGCCAGAUUGAGCCCGUAUGGCAGCGCCGGUUGCAGGGAAUAGGGGUUGAUGGGCAGGAUGAGGCCCAGGUGGUCCAGUUUUUGGGGCAGGCGCACCCCAACCACGAGGGGCACAACCAGUUAUUUACAUCAUUUUGUUGGUUACGGCGGUUAUGUCAGGAGAUUGAGGUCGAUCAGCAUUGGUAG